AUGGAGGGAAGGGAAUCGAAUCGACUCGAAUCGGUUCGAAUCGGUUCGAAUCGGUUCGAAUCGGUUCGAAUCGGUUCGAAUCGGUUCGAAUCGGUUCGAAUCGGUUCGAAUCGGAUCGAAUCAAGCGGGUAGCUAACAAGAGUCAAGCGGGUAGCUAACAAAAAUUUUUUUAAAAAAGUUACAGAUUUGGACAAAUCCAAAAAUGUAAAAAAAGCUUAGUAAGCCACCCAGAAGCAACUUUAAAGCUAAAAAAAUUGAAAGAAAAUUUUUAACACUGUUAAAAAAGGCUUAGGCUUAGUAACCACCCAGAAGUAACUGUGAAUCGGCGAAAACCCCAAUUUUUCGAUUCCAGAUUUUUAUUAAAAAUUUAAAAAAAAUGGAGGGAAGGGAAUCGAAUCGACUCGAAUCGGUUCGAAUCGGUUCGAAUCGGUUCGAAUCGGUUCGAAUCGGUUCGAAUCGACUCGAAUCGGUUCGAAUCGGUUCGAAUCGGUUCGAAUCGACUCGAAUCGGUUCGAAUCGACUCGAAUCGGAUCGAAUCAAGCGGGUAGCUAACAAGAGUCAAGCGGGUAGCUAA